AACUGGAAACAUCACUAAUCCUGAAUUUCAGGUGGCUGCAGUGAGUCGAUUCCGCCGCACACACAUACUGUAGAGGGAGCUGCAAGCUUACAGGGGAUACCGCGUUUCAGAGUGUUCUAUUGAAGUACAGAGUUACGUGAAGAAAAAAUGAAAAGGCAACAUUUCAACACAAAAAGAGCCGAGACGCCGAGAAGCAAAAUGCCGACACUUGGGAAUAUUCUCUGAUUAAUUUUAUCGGAAAGAAGCGAAAUUAUCCUGUUAAGUCCUCCGCACGGUUGGAUUUUCAGAGGAUUCAUUUCUGAAGCCCUGAUGGAGCAACAGCCAGGAUAUGGAUGAAUUUCCAUACAAGCUGCUAAACUGUGAAAGGUCCGAUCUGGUCAAAGAAUCUGGAUCCACUUCAGUACGGGAAUGAACAAACCAUUAAAAGACUCAAGCAGAUAUCUACUGGUCUAUCUUUCUGGUCAGGCCACUGGUCAUUCGAUUGGUUGGUAAGCUUGGAGACCAAAUUGUAGAGACUUUUGAAUGGACAUCAGACUCAUGUUUGAAGCAGUUGCAAAAUUCUACUCUGAUGUUCAACAACACUUUAGCUUCUGCUUGUGGAAUUACAUAGCCUCCCAUUGAAGAGGCUCAUCCAGUUCAAGGAAAUAACAGAACUGUGUCAAUUAGUCUCUGACUUAUCAGGAAGGCAGAUUUUCCUCUCACAGUCAAAUGGCAUGGGCGAAGUUCUUCAGGAAACCAGGGAGCAAUCUUGGCAGGGUUUACCAGCCAGGGUCUAUGCUAUCCCUGGCUCCUACCAAAGGACUUCUCAAUGAGCCGGGACAGAACAGCUGCUUCCUUAACAGCGCAGUGCAGGUGCUGUGGCAGCUUGACAUUUUUAGACGGAGUCUACGACAAGUUCCCAACCAUUACUGCUUAGGGGAAGCCUGCAUCUUCUGUGCAUUAAAGGGAAUAUUCUCACAGUUUCAGGACAGCAGAGAACGAGCACUACCUUCAGACAACCUGCGCAUUGCCCUGGCAGAGACUUUUAAGGACGAGCAACGCUUCCAGUUGGGCUUUAUGGAUGAUGCUGCAGAAUGCUUUGAGAACAUUCUACAGAGGAUCCACCAACAUAUUGUUAAUGAUGAUGAAACAGACGCCUGUACGUCCAAAGUCUGCAUCACGCAUCAGAAGUUUGCCAUGACUCUGUACGAACAGACUGUAUGUCAAAGCUGUGGAGCCUCGUCUGACCCUCUGCCCUUCACUCAGUUAGUGAACUAUGUUUCCACCACAGCGCUUUGCCAACAGUAUUUAAAGAGGAGAGAUGAAAGGCCACGUUCUGACAUGUUUGGUGAACUGCUCCGUGCAGCCAACACGAUCGGAGACCAACGUGAAUGCCCAAGUAAGUGUGGUCAGGUGAUCAAGAUCCGGCGCGUGCUAAUGAACUCACCAGAAAUCGUCACCAUUGGGUUUGUGUGGGAUUCGGAGCAGUCGGACGAGACGGAGAACGUCAUCAGAUCUCUCAGCCCACACCUCAGCCUUCCAGGGGUUUUUUACCAUGUCACAGACGAACAAGCCCAAAAGAGUGACCUGCAGCUGGUUGGGAUGAUCUGCUACACAAGCAAACACUACUGUGCCUUCGCUUUCCACACCAAGUCCUCCAAAUGGUUCUUCUUUGAUGACGCCACAGUCAAAGAGGUCGGCUCUAAAUGGAAGGAUGUUGUUAUUAAAUGCAUCCGAGGACACUUUCAGCCACUGCUCUUGUUCUACUCUGACCCUGAGGGGAGCGCCGUGAGAGGACCAGAGGUCCCUCGCUCCGACAGCUCUGCUAGUCAUAACAAGCCCUCAGCCAAUGGUGAAAUCCCAGGCACCCCGCAGCCAGGCAUCAAGAAGCUGGAAUUGACCCGAGAAAACCUGACUGCUAUGUUGUCAGGUCAUGGUACUUUAAAGCAGAAGAGCCAGCCUCUGUCAGCGUUCAAGCGCGGCACCAACCAGACCAGCGGGGGUAGAGGACCAGUAAAAGUAAGCGGUGACCCAAAGGGCUUUUUGCGAGAGCUUACCAGAGAAGUAGCCAGAGAAGCCCGCAACAUUAACAUCAUGAGGAGAGACAAUGAUAAAUCGCAGCAGAGGCCAGAAACACCAAUACACAGAGACACAGCAUCAGAGAGAUCCUACUCACGAUCACUGUCUCCUCCUGAGAACGGAUUUAAAAACACAGAGUCUCGGCUGUAUAGAAGUCAGGGCAGAGGUCCGACUCGGGCAGAGCGCUUGCCCCGCACGGACAGGCGUGUGGCUCAUGCACCACGUUCACAUUCUCAGCCUCGCAUCCCAGUUCAGCCUCCGUCCUGCAAUCUGCCCUCGAGAAACAAUUUCUCAAACGGUUACGAUACAGACAGCAGUUAUGAGUCGAGAGAGCGGCCUAACGGAGCCCCACGCACUCAUGCUAACCGCGGUUGGAAGCCCAUGCGGGAGGUCCUCAAUGUCGACAGCAUACUGAGCAACGACACUGAGCACCAUCUCCCUGGCCUGGGACAGCAAUUUUCUGGCCAGAAGCGAAUGCCUUACGAGCGGGAACCUAGGACUGCACGUGAAGAUGGUAAACCUAAAAGUUUGAUGACUAUUUACGAGGAUGAGCAGCGGCACGAACUGGGCAGCCGGACAUCCCUGGAAGCAGAAAGCCGUGAAAGGGAAAGGACUAAAGGCACAGUUAACCACUUAACACUCAAAAAGGAAAACUGGAAGAACCAGCGAAUGGAAUCUGGCUAUGAGAGUAGCGACAGGCUCAGCAACGGCUCGGCUAGUCUAGACUCUCCUGUAGUGGACAGCGUCGGUGCAAAAGAGCUCCGACGUGUCCCUGAUUUACACCUACUGAGGGACCAAGAUUACCUACGGAGGUAUGAGGACUCCAAGGCAGACGGUUCACACACUCCACUUUCUUUAGGUGACUUGCGAGGAAAACAACAUGAAUAUAUUCCCAGACAAAACAGAAGAAGUCCCUUGGACGGAAUAGACGGAAGUAGUGGGACUGCAUUAUUAAGCAAAACAAGCAGCUCUGAGUGGAACAGCUCUGAUGAUUUGGCCGGUCCUGUAUCAGAGCAGGAGGAUUCUUUAUCUCAAUCUGAUGUGCCUCCACUUGUUCCUCACCAACAAGCCCAGAGCUUUUCACAGUCGUCAGCUCCACCAUUACCCCCUAAACCCCAAUUCAUGAGAUCUGAUAACAAGAUAGGUCUGAUCCAAGACUCUGCUCAAACGAGACCCAAAUCUCCGGCCUACAAAGCAGUGACUUUGUCAAAUAUGAGCUCAGGGAUAUGGCUUGAGAAUUCUGAGCUAAAUAUGCUCUCUUCAUCAGACAGCAGCUCUAAAUCCGGCUCGUCCGACCAAGAGAGGAACGAUCUGUCUGCCAGCGAGAGCGAGGACAAGUGUCCCAGCAACCCUGAUUGCUGCUUCGAUUCCACUGUCAAAGGAGAGUAUGUAAUCCCCACCACCUACUUUUCUGUCGAUAGCUGCAUGACAGACACUUACCGGGCUAAGUACCAUAAGAAAAGAUCUGCUCUUCAUGCAGCAGCAGAUUCUAAAAGAGGAGAGUACACGUCGUCUAGCGAGAGCGAUCACGGCGAAAGGGCAUCCCCAUCUCCUGCAGACAUCAAGAUCCCAGAUCUAUCCAGAACCAAGAAAGAAACAGCCCAUACCAGCACUAAACCCAUCGUAAAAUGGAAUCCUGUGUCUGUAAAAGGACUGGAUGAACAUGGCUUCCUAUGACCCCCAGCAUGAAUCCCACCAGACAUAAAGAUGAUUUUAAUGGACCUAGUGCCAAAGACUUCAGCCACACAGACAAAGACCUGAGUCACCUACUGUAUGCUCUGCCAUCUUUGCUCACCUUUUAUUUUGCAUCAGAUCCAUUCGAGGAACAAUUCACCAGACAUUUCUGCUAUAGCACAUUUAUGAGCCAUAAUGAAAGAGCUCUCAUUGCUUGACUCUUGCUUUUCAGUCACUAUAUUUUAACAUGAAAAUCCGGAUGUAGGAAGCACAAGACUACGAACUACCAAACCUAAGGCAUGUAAGAGCUGCUCUGAUUGUAUCAGUGUGUUUCGGGACGAUUCCAGUGCAACUGGAUAAGAACACGGUGAUUUUAAAUGUAUUGAUGCUGAUUUAUUUCUGUUAUGUAUGAUGGUCUUCUUUGGAAUGGGAAAUGAUUUAAAAUAUAUUUUGUCGAUUUGUUUUUUUUUUUAAAUAAAGCCGAUCCUGCUUAAUGAUUUUUUUUCCCUUACUGAGUUUACAUAGUUUUCUAUUAUCUUGGCUGUAGUUGAACUGGGUUUUUAUCGGAGUUCUCAGUAUGUCCAUUAAGCCUACAUGCACUAAACUGCAUUUUCUCCCAUGUGUCUGCCUGUUAAACAUGCUGCUCUGAGUGUAGAAACAGGAAGCAAAAACACUGACUUGCGUACUAAAGCACACAUUAUUUUUCCUUCAGUCGAUCAAUUCAAGGUUGCACUUUUUUUUAUAGUGAACUGGACCCUUAGAAAUUGUUGUUAUAGAGGUUAUGACAAAAAGAUUUGCUUGUAUGUAAUUUUUAACUUGCUCCAAAAUAGAUGGGUACACUGUACAGUUUUAUUUUGAAAGCCUUUCUUUUUUCUUGAACACAAUGUACAUUUUUAUAUUUUAUUUUUGUUUAAGUACCAUUGCAUUUUGUACAUUUUACUAGGCAGACACUAAUAAAACAGUGCCUUAUUUUGUAUGUAAACAGAACCGAAGUUGGCUUAUUUUAUAUGUAAUUUCUUUUUGUAUGUCAUUGCUUCAUUUCUACUGACCAACAAAUGUUUAAUAAAUGAUUUUCAUCUGAACAUGA